GAGCCGUCUCCGAUACUUUGCGGCGAAUAUGGCAACUUUACACUCACAUUCGACGACACGACGGUUGUGCCAGAUGACCACGGCAUCCUGCCAGUCAAUGGUAUGACCAACCCUUACCACCACCUAUUCUACGCGAAUGGGUUCGCGUAUAUCCCAGAUUCAUGGGAGCCAUAUCCGGCGAUCUCGCAGCCUAACGUUGCAAUGUUCUUUCCGAUCGGGGGCAGACUCCUUCCUAACACGCCGUUUGCGGGGACGAUGCUUCCAGGGGAGAUCGGUGCGGGGCCACGUGCUGGAGUAGACGCAUACUGGUUCAACGCAUACAGCGGCUUCUUUGGGUGCGCUCUCAACGGCAUCGUCCCCUGCACGCUGCAAAUCUCGGGCUACCGGUAUGAUGCAACACUCAAGCAGGAAGUGCUGGCAGCCGAGCAAAACGUGUCGAUUCCUGCGUGCUGGGGAUACAUCGGGUGUCGGUUCACACAGGUCAGCUUCAACGAUAGCUUUCGCGCUUUGUCAGGGAUUCAGUUCGCGGCGUACAUCGAUGGCCUCGGAGUCCCACAGGUCUUCAUGAUGGAUAACCUACAGAUGGAGUGGUAUAACAAUACGUGUUCAGCGGGCAUCCUGCGUAUCGGUCAUCGUUAG